AUGCAAGCAGCAGCCGAAAACGAACAUGUCAGAAGGCAUGAUGAUGGCAGCUCCAACCAAGGUCCACCUCUGGUACCAGACGGAAUGGAUCGUCAGCCAGAAGUUGUGGCAGCAGGUGCCAAUGCAGAAGCUGUAGCGGUGAAUGCAUAUGGAGCCAAUGACCAAAACAAUCGAGAGAUGGAAACCGAGGAUAAUGAAUAUGAAAGUGACAGCAGUGAGAGUGGCAGCAGUGAGAGUGACAGCAGAGAGAGUGAGGAAGAUUAUAGUCGAAUGCAACUCACCGACGAGGAGCGCCAAUGGGCUCUCAACGUGAAACAGGCCAUUGAAGACGACCCCGAGUUGGAUUCUGUCUCAGACUUUUGGGUGGCUCAACUAGCUUUGAUUGAACAAGGCGAUACAGAAGCAGCUCUGGAACGAGCGCACCAGAUGCAGUCCUUUCGACAAGAGUACGGAAUCUUGGAUACCUACGAGCAUGGAAAGCAAGUUCUCCAUGAAUUUAUGGACUUAUUCCCCGAGUUUUUCCUGUCAUUCAGUUUUUUGGAUGGGGCAUACGUCUUGGUGUUUGACACUGCAAAGUUGUACGCCAAUACUCUAAACACAAAACCGGGUGCCAUGGCAGCUUGGCUGGGAUCAGUGUACUACACAAAUCAUUGCAUGUCACCAGAUCUGGAAGCCGUUAAAAGGGGUAUUGUAUACAUUAUUGAGUGUGAAGGCUUUGAUUGGAGCAAACACUUUGGAGUGCAGAUUUUCAGAAAGUUCUGGCUGGAAGUGGCUGCCGUCUACCCUAUUCAAUUCCUUCGGAUUCGUUGUUUUCAUACUGGUUUGUGUCUCACAUUGAUGGUGUCAAUGGUCAAACACAUUUUGCCCGCCAAAAUUCAUUCCAAGUUUACUGUUGGGAAUAUCUGCAGCCUUGGGCGGUUGGACACGGUCUACAACUCAGCGGGGGGUGACUUCACUAGAGAUGUGUUGAAGCAGCGGAUGAAGCAAAGGUUGGAAGAAUCUUUACUCAGGAGGUACAGACUCGAGGCUUCCUUUUCUCUGUGA